GAUCAGAUCGGAAACUGUCUUCGUUCACUCAACUUGCAGCCAACUCAAGAACUUAUAGAGCGCAUGACCAGUCAAUGGAAGGAUCAGCCUGGUGAGUGGUCCCUCAAUUCCUCAGAAAAUUAUUUAGCAUUGCAGCGCAUAGCCGAGAUUUCCGAGAUUAUUUAUGACAAAAUAACACACGUCCUUCCAUUUCAGAGUUUACUUUCGCACUAUGAUCGCGAAGGUAGCGGGAAUGUGAAGUUGCACGAUCUUCGUUACAUGCUUCAAAACCUAGGUACAUCAAGUUUGACGUUUAUUAAUAUGACGAAUAGCCUGUGCCUAAACAGGUUUUCCGCCUGUGGUCUACCAUAA